AUGGUCUUUCUGUCCCCACACAUACAACCUAAAGGUGUGAGAUGGCAGGAACAUGUCAUAGGCAGAACCCUGGAAGUCAGGUUUGACUGGCACGGGGCCCGCAUCCACCUGAUUGCUGUAUACCAACAUGUUUGGUCACCGGCCAAACAGGUGCAGAACAAUCGUCAGGACAGGGCACAGGUCCUAAAAGCUCUUGGCAGAUGUGUGCAAAGGGUGCCACACCGGGACACGCUUAUCAUCGCAGGCGAUUUCAAUAGCUCCUUGCAAAAGCAGCCUAGGCUGGUAGGUCCAGAGCUCAUAAGCCCACAGGAACCGCGACCUGACGAACCAGAGCUCACCAACUUCCUGUUGAGUCAUCGCUUGGUGGCCCUCAACACGUGGCGACCUCAGCCAUUAUUUACGUACCAGCAGGGGGAUACAUGCACACAAAUUGAUUUUGUGCUUACGCGAGAGGCGUCAGCCGGAGGCACUGCCAAGGCCUCCACGCCACUGGCGGCUUUUCCGCUGGGCGGCUGGAAGAAAAGCGGGCAUCUGCCCAUCAGUGCGACUGUCAAGCCAAUACGUCACUGGAAUCUGCCGCCUCCUCAGAUACAGACACAUCAGUUUGACGCUACUGCCCUGCAAGCGGCUGUGAGGGACAACACGCUGCCGGCUCAGCAAAUGCUUGAGUGGGUCACAACCCGUCUCACUCCGGACAUGCAGCCGGCGUCAUGGGAUCGCCUUCUUGGCGAAGCCUCCUCCAGGUUUUUCCCUAAGACCCCGGUGGCAAUGCCAGAAAGUCCGGAGACGCGCAUUGCUAGAAGAAUGUGGCGCUCUGCACGAGGGAGCAAUGCUCACACCAGUGCUGAAUCAGCUACAGACGCAGCUGCCCGUCAACUGCUACACGACCAGCACAAACUGGCGGUCAAGCAGUCUCGCAAAGACCAAACCAAGCGGUUCCUUGCCGAGGUGGACCAGGCUCUCAACCAGGGAGACCAACACCUAGCAUACCAAACUCUCAAGCAUCUUCGCCCGUGGAAACCAGCUCUGAAGGCUCAGCUCAAGGAUUCGAACGGUUUCUUGCUCAGCCCCGAAAACGAACUUGCAGAGUUGGGCAAGUACGCCACCAAGGUCUUUGCAGCGCACCCACCGCUUCCUUCUGACGCGGGACUUCUGCCCCUACUGCCGCAGACCAAGUUGGCGAAACACAUUGCUUCGAUAAAACCUGGAAAGGCAGUUCCGAAAGGAGCAGCACCGGCCGCAGCCUGGAAGCUCUGCGCACAGCCGGUAUCCGAAGCGCUCUCACAUUACUGUUCUGCUCUGACACAGGACCAGCCACUAGACGAUGAUCUGACACGAGCGGAUCUCUGCUUAAUCCCCAAACCGGGCAAGCCGGCUGACAAGCCUUCCCAGCUAAGACCGCUGGGAAUACUCCGGCCGGAUGCUAAAGGCCUGGCGGGAACGGCUAAGGAGCUCCUGGAACCUCUCACGCUGCCAUACAUGAAGCCUCUCCCUCAGUUUGCAUACCUACCAGGGCGGGGUCUCUCUGACGCUCAGAGUAGAGUGGUACAGCACCUGCGAGAGGCUCGGCAACUAUGUCGCAAUGCGAACCUCACCAGAGCGGAUCAGCAGCGGGGACAAUGUCCUGUUGGUCUAGUCGGCGGCAUCACCUUUGCACUCGACCUGUCACAGGCAUUCGACACUGUCUCUCGCAGCGAAAUCUUGUCUCUGCUUGAUGAACUAGGCGCAGAUCCCUCCCUACAAAAACUGAUACACGGCCUGCAUCAUCGAUCCAAGUACAGGCUCCAUUCACAAGGGGCGCACCAGGAUGUGGAAACCACCACAGGCAUCAAACAAGGCUGCAAGCUGGCCCCUACGUUGUUUUCCGUUCUAACAGGCCGUCUUCUGCACAGGCUGAUAGGCACAUUUGGCUGGGACAAUGUCCGCAGAUACUUCACUGGGUACGCCGAUGACUUUACCAUGCAUCGCACAAUUCGUCACAAAGCGGACGUGGACGCAGCUCACAAAAUGAUCCUACAGCUUUUGUCGGAGGUAGAGAAACUAGGCCUGCGCGUCAAUCCAACCAAAUGUGCUAUUCUAGUCAAACUCAGUGGCAGAGAGGCCGAGGCCACGCUCCAGAAGCACACCUGUUGGCUUCCCGACCAAGACGGAAAACUCCAGCGUCACUGGCGACUGGGCAGACACAAGUCCUUCCCCGCCUACAAACUUGAAACACAAAUCAAGUACCUGGGCAUUCAAAUCUCCUAUGGGAACUUCGAAAUGCAAACGCUGCGCUUCCGUAUAGCGGAAGCUGCCAAAAAGCUCCAGCAGGUCAAGCGAUUUGUUUACAACCGCAGAACUGCAGGGCCAAUGGCCAGGUUGAAGGUUUGGUUCACCACCGUAUGGGCCACUCUGGUCACAGGACUUCCUGAAGUCGGCUUCACGGAGGAAACAGCCAGGCAUCUCCGAGGUUGGUAUGCACACAAGCUACGCUCCGUGCUUAACCAGCCUGUCCAUGUCAGCCGCAUCUCCACAGCUGACCUAUAUCAGCUGCGUUCGAUUCAGGACCCGGUGGCAAAAAUCCGAGCUCGGAUGGCUUCGCGACUAAAAAGACUGAGCAAACGACCCGACAUCCCUACCCCCGAGGCUGACACUUCCGUCCAGAGGAUGACUACUUCCAGUGCACCUACGGUGCAGCUGGGCCCGUGGGCCAGACUGCGUCCUGAAGCGCCGGCCUCGGCCACAGGCUCGAACCCUACCGACAUGGCAGCGUACGGUGAUGUCACGUGUCUGGGACAUGUCCUACAGGACCUACAGGACAUACUACGCGAGGUGGACAAUCUUCCGGCGAGCACCGAGGCCUCGCAGCAGCGGUUGCACGACUGUCCUCACUGUGAGUCUGGCUUCGUCUCUGCGCAUGGUCUACAUAUGCACAUCACAAGGAUGCAUCGUGAUCAAGUAAAGAGGUACAUUCCUCCUACCUUUGAUCGUAGUCGGCACUCCAGGGACGGUCUACCAGUAUGUUCCGCAUGCGACAAGGCCUUCCAUCAAUGGAAGGGCCUACGCGACCACUUGUUGUCGGGAGCCUGUACGCAACCGGAACGCCUACGCCAGCUAUCUCUCACCACCGAGGAACAGCUGCAAGGCCAAGCUCUCAGAGGCUUAGCCGCCCUUCGGGCUACGGUGCAGAGUUCGCCAAAAGACAAGCUCAGCAGCAUAGCCUCCCGACCGGAAGCUCAAGAACUCAAGCACAGGUGCAUCUUGUGCGGAUUCUGGACCCCCGACCAUACCAAGAUGAAAAAUCAUCAACGACAGGCUCAUGCACAGGUCUGGCAGCGAGAUGGUCCGGCGGCACUCAAGCUUUGCCAGGCCUACACAGUGCAGAUGAUCAAAGGACACCCAUGUCCCUUUUGCAAACUGCAGGUCUACGACAAACGCAAGCACCCAGAACAGUGCAUAGUUCUGUUCCAGGUCCUGCUCGGAUGGCACAAGGUCCAGGGUAAGGACAAAACGCGGGAACAAUGUUCCAAGCCUCAACCGAAGACCGCGGUGACAAUGUCCCUCAGUGGCUUCUUCGGGACGGCGGACCGAUCUGCUACUCCCGCUGCCUCCGCCACGGUCCCCACGGCGACGGCGAGCACCGCCGAGGGACAUCUCCCACCAGGCCUGUACUCAGCAUGCGGCGCAUGA